UCAAACGCUGAAAGGACGGAAGAUUGCACUAUUUUGACCCCCUUCGACUUCCAUAAAUACAUUAAAAAAAAAAAACUUGGUGGGACCUUAAAAAAAAGCGCCCACUCUUCCUUGCCCCCAGCUUCGCUUCCGUUGGCAUCAAUCCGCUCCUCCGCCCUGACCAAUUUCGUUUGGGUGAUGGAUGAAUUCCAUCCUUUCAUUGAGGCUCUCCUCCCACAUGUCCGGGCCUUCGCCUACACCUGGUUCAACCUCCAGGCCCGGAAGCGCAAGUACUUCAAGAAGCAUGAGAAGCGGAUGACAAAAGAUGAGGAGCGGGCUGUGAAAGAUGAGCUCCUCAAUGAGAAGCCGGAAGUGAAACAGAAGUGGGCUUCGCGCUUGCUGGCCAAGCUGCGCAAGGACAUCCGGCCCGAAUACCGGGAGGACUUUGUGCUUUCCAUCACGGGGAAGAAGCCCUCAUGCUGCGUCCUCUCCAACCCUGAUCAGAAGGGCAAAAUGCGCCGAAUCGACUGUCUCCGCCAGGCUGAUAAAGUCUGGCGUCUCGACCUCGUCAUGGUGAUCCUUUUCAAAGGAAUCCCCCUGGAGAGCACCGACGGGGAACGCCUUGUCAAGGCCGCACAGUGCACCAACUCUGUUCUCUGUGUCCAGCCACACCACAUCAGUGUCUCGGUCAAAGAGCUUGAUCUCUACCUGGCAUAUUUUGUUCGUGAGAGAGGUAGGCUUCCAACCUGUUUGUAACCUAGGAUUGUGCACCUUCAGGGAGAGUUCUUAUCAAUAGUUCUUAGCUAUGAUACCGAAGGGAACUUCCUGAUUCAGAGGACAGUGCCCCUAUGA